AGAAAGGACACCAUGGCAAAGAGCCACCUUGAGCACCCAUGGCCGGGGGACCCUCACCCAGAGCAGCGACCAUCGCUGGAUCCAAGGGUGCCUACCUGACGGUCAGCAUCGAGCCGCUGCCGCCCGUGGUGGUGGGAGAUGCCGUCACCCUGAAAUGCAACUUCAAGACAGAUGGGAAGAUGCGGGAGAUCGUCUGGUACCGGGUCACCGACGGUGGCACCAUCAAGCAGAAGAUCUUCACCUUCGAUGCCAUGUUCUCCACCAAUUUCUCGCACAUGGAGAAUUAUCGGAAGAGGGAGGAUCUGGUCUACCAGUCCACCGUGCGCCUCCCUGAGGUUCGCAUUUCGGACAACGGUCCCUACGAGUGUCACGUGGGAAUUUAUGACCGAGCCACACGGGAGAAAGUGGUCCUGGCCUCCGGGAACAUAUUCCUCAACGUGAUGGCUCCUCCGACGUCCAUCUCGGUGCUCGCCGCCGACACGCCGGCACCCUUCAGCCGUUACCAGGCACAGAACUUCACCCUGGUGUGUGUGGUCUCCGGUGGCAAGCCCGCCCCGCUGGUGUACUUCAAGCGGGACGGGGAACCCAUCGAAGCCACCCCGCUGCCGGAGCCACCGGCCGGCGCCGGGAGCUGGGCACCCCGUAACCUCCUUCACCGUGACCUGGAUGACACCAAGGUGCCGAAAUCGCUGGCGGCCGAAGGGGAGGUGGGAGGCGGGCGACCCCCGGCUACGGCGGACCCACCGCGGGGGCUGGCGGCCGAGCGGGGUCCUGUCACCGAAACCAUCCCCGAAACGGUGGUGAGCCGGGAAUUCCCGCGAUGGGUGCACGUGGGGGAGCCCAUCUACUAUUUCCGCCACACGCACGCGCCCGUCAGCGAUGGGACGGUGGAGGCGCGGGCCACCCUCACCUGGACCCUGAACCCCCAAAUCGACAACGAGGCGCUCUUCAGCUGCGAGGUGAAGCACCCGGCGCUCUCCAUGCCCAUGCAGUCCGAGGUGACGCUUGUUGCUCCCAAGGGCCCGAAGAUCACGAUGACCCCGACAAGAGCCCGCGUCGGAGACACCGUGCGGAUCUUGGUGCAGGGCUUCCAGAACGAAGUCUUCCCCGAGCCCCUCUUCACCUGGACGCGGGUGGGGAGCCGGCUCCUCGAUGGCAGCGCCGAGCACGACGGCAAGGAGCUGGUGCUGGAGCGGGUGCCGGCUGAGCUCAACGGCUCCAUGUACCGCUGCACCGCCCAGAACCCCCUGGGCUCCACCGACACCCACACCCGGCUCAUCGUUUUCGAAAACCCAAAUAUUCCCAGAGGAACAGAGGACUCCAAUGGUUCACUUAGCGGCCACUGCGGCUUCAGACUAGUUUUGGCGCUCACCCUGACAGUGAUCCUGGAGCUAACGUGAAGCCUCGCCUGCCUCUUCCUCCUCCUCCUCUUCCUCCGUACUGCUCCACCCGGCAUUUACAUCUCUGUCAAUCGGUUCUCUCUCUCUCUCUUUUCUUUUUUUUUUUUUCUAUACUAUUUACAGUCUCGGUCUCUUUCUGUCUGUGUCUUGGCUU